UUGUAUUGAUAUAAAAAUAUUUUUUUCUAGUGUUGAGAAAUGUCAUGUUUGGUAUAAGUUAAUUGUUUGAUUAAAAAAUGAUGCAAAAUACGAGAAUUCAGUAUUUAGCAGCGUUUGCUGUGUCUUUGGCGACCAUGACAAACAGUGUUGCCUACUUCUGGAUGACUCCAAUGUUGCCAAAGUUUUAUGACAACGAUACAAGCAUGAUUAGAAUCACACCAGAUGAGAUUUCAUGGGUAGCUGCAUCCAUAUACCUCGGGACGAUCGCUGGUAGCGUGCUGACCACUAGUAUUUCUGACAGGUUCGGCAGACGUACCACAUUGCUGUGUAGUGCCGCACCAUAUAUAGUUGGAACAGUUUUCAUAUUAUGUGCAUCAGACGUCUGGCUGUUAUACAUCGGAAGAUUCUUGUGGGGUUUGGCAUCAGGACUAAUAACUAAUGUGUCCAGCUUAUAUCUAUCAGAAAUAGCAGACAAAGAAAUGAAAGGUACUUGGACUACUCUCACCAGAUCCAUUUCCAGUUUUGGCGUUCUCUUGGUACUGUCAUUGGGAUCCUUCGUCAGCUACCAAGUGCUCAGUUACUUUUUGAUAGUUCUUCCAGUAUGUUACUUCAUAGCUUGCAGGAGAAUACCUGAAACCCCUUACUUUUUAAUUAAAGUGGGUAGGGUAGAUGCUGCCAGAAGAGAGCUGCUGAGUCUGUCUGGAAGUAAGGAUGAAAGGGCGAUUGAUGAAAAGUUGUCGGUUAUGAGAUCCGAAAUUAGAAUGGAAGCGCUCCGUUCCAGCUCUGCUUAUGAGCUGAUAACUGGAAAACAAUACAGGAAAGCCGUCAUAGUAACAGCCGGGAUGCUAUUGACUCAAACAAUGGCUGGUUCGAUACCUAUACAGCAAUAUUUCGGGCACAUUGUACAGGAGAGCAAUGAUGAAAUGGAAGUAUCGACAACCCUAAUAAUUUUUGGAGUAGUAUGUUUUAGUGUUGGGUUAUCAUCACCAGUAAUAGCCAAGAAAGUGAGCCAUCGUCCACUCCUGAUAUACUCCUACUUGGGCUCCGCUGCCGUGCUAAGUGUUAUCGGAACGUAUUUCUUCCAACAGCGUAUCAUUGGUAUUGACGACGAUUCUUCCCUCGCUAUCAGUUACGUAGUCUUUGCCAACAUCAUUUGUUUCACCGUUAUUUCAGGCCUAGGUUUUGAUUCUCUAGCCUCAGUUGUAGCUUCAGAAGUUUUUCCCACGAAUGUAAGGAGUACUCAUACAUCGGUACUUACUACAUAUACAGCGAUAUUAACCUUUGUAGUAGUAAGAGGAUACCAGAUUUUGGAAGAUUGGUUGGAUUUGUAUGGAGUAUUUUGGGUCUAUACCGCUAUGGCUGUAAUUGGAGCAGUGUUCACGUAUCUUUUAGUACCUGAAACUAAAUGCAAGAGUUUAAGCGAAGUACAAAUUGUAUUCCAAGGAAACAUGUAUAAAGAUGUAAAUGGAAGCUUGGAACAUGGAAUUAUUGCAGAGGAUGAUGUUAAUGAAAAUACAGAACUCAAAGAAAUGGUAUAUAAAAAUGGUGUUGCAUGAAUACAAAAUGUUAUGAGAAAAAUAAAAAAGUGAGAUCUCAGUCUUCUUCAAAAUGCAUUAAAUGUGGAAAUUAUGAUUGA